UAGGAACUCGUAGUUUGCAUCUUGUUUCUAUUACGACAUUCUGUAUGCCGAUGUCCUGCUAACCUUUAACCUCAGUAUUUUAAGCUGCUUUGUUGUGUUUCGGUUUGUUAACAUUUGCUAGGUUCAAUGGAAAUUAAGUAGCCCUUAAGAAGAUGUUUUUUUUGUUUUGUUUUAUGCACUAAAUGCAUAUGUUCAAUGUGCAACGUUAGUUCCUUCCCCGGUUGUUAGUUGCAGACCUUUAUAACCGUUUUAAGUAGUUUUAAUGUAUAUAUGUCAGGUACUGUAUGUUGCUUAGUACAUUUAUACAUGUUGGAAGAGAAAAGAAGUGAGGAAAGUUGAACGAAUGAUAUGGAUUGGUUACCUACCACGUCUAAAAGGUCACCAGAAAAAGACACUUGGUCAGAUGCGAAGAAAAAGAAAAAAAUGGAGGUUCUCCAAACCACAUCUUCUAAAAAAUGUUACUUUCAUCAUUUGCCUUGCAACAUCUUUUAACAGUAAAAAAUGUUUUUCUCUUUGUGUACUUUUUGUUACAUCACCAUCACAUCAGCACUCCCCCUUGGACAGCAGCAACUUCAGCACCUUAAUUAAGAAAUGUUUCUGCACGAUAUAAGAAGCUGACCAUAAUUUCACCAAACAUUAACUGGGAGCACUCUCCAGAGGCAGAAAAAGUGUUGACAGCUUCAUAAGGACCAGUGUGUCAUUUGUGAGUAGUAUCUAUGAAUAUGGGUGAGAAGAAACCAGAGCCUCUGGAUUUUGUAAAGGAUUUUCAAGAAUAUCUUACUCAGCAAACACACCAUGUCAACAUGAUUUCUGGAUCUGUAAGCAGUGAUAAAGAAGCCGAAACAAUGCAUAGUGGUGGAGCAGAAAAUGAACAAGAUGGACUGGAUCACCCUUCUGUUGAAGUUUCCCUGGAUGAAAAUGCAGGAAUGCUAAUGGAUGGAUUUGAGAGGACAUAUGAUGGCAAACUGAAAUGCCGCUAUUGCAGUUAUGCAAGUAAAGGAACAGCGAGACUAAUUGAACACAUAAGAAUUCACACAGGUGAAAAACCCCACAGAUGCCACCUUUGUCCAUUUGCAUCUGCUUAUGAGAGGCACCUGGAAGCCCAUAUGCGCUCUCAUACUGGAGAAAAACCAUACAAAUGUGAACUGUGUUCAUUUCGGUGCAGUGACAGAAGCAAUUUGUCUCACCAUCGCAGGCGUAAACAUAAAAUGGUGCCAAUUAAAGGCACAAGACCUUCACUCAGUAACAAAAAAAUGUGGGGAGUUUUGCAGAAGAAAUCCAGCAGUUUGGGGUACAGGCGAACACUGAUCAGUUUAAGCCCGCCAUCCAUGGUGGUGCAGAAGCCAGAUUACCUUAAUGACUUUUCUCACGACAUUCCAAGCAUUCAGAAUGAGCCGUAUGAAAGUAUGGCAAAAGCAGCACAAAGUGGAAGUCUGCAGAGAGACCCACAGGACUUGAUGGUGGAUAACCCAUUGAACCAACUUUCUACUUUAGCAGGGCAGCUUUCUAGCUUGCCACCUGAAACCCAGACACCAGCAUCUCCAGACGUUGUGGCCUGUAGGGAAGAAAAGCCCUAUAUGAUGCAGCAGCCAUCUGUACCAGUUGUUGUCUCCACUGUGUCGACCAGUAUUGCUCAAAGUUCUUCCCCUACCAGUCCAGAACCUCGGCCUACACACAGUCAGAGGAACUACAGCCCUGUGGCAGGUCCGAGCAGUGAACGCAGUGCACACACCAGUACUCCAAGUAUUACUAACAGUCAGCCAAGCACUCCAGCGCCUACACUUCCUGUUCAAGAUCCACAGCUUUUGCAUCACUGUCAGCACUGUGACAUGUACUUCGCAGACAAUAUUCUCUACACAAUUCACAUGGGCUGCCAUGGCUAUGAGAACCCGUUCCAGUGUAACAUAUGUGGAUGUAAAUGCAAAAACAAGUAUGACUUUGCGUGCCAUUUUGCCAGAGGUCAGCACAGCCAUCGUUGAGCAAUUAGGCUGUGCCACACCUCUCUUCUAGUGUUCUUUUCAUGACGGGAUUACGUGUUAUGUAUUGACUGAUGUUUAAUUGUACAGGGCCUAGUGGAUCCCAGAAAUAUGGUACAGAACUAUUUGAGAAAGUUAAUAUUCUGCAGACCAUCAUACAGUUCCAUCUUCAAAAGGUGGAGUAAUUUUUUAGUAUAUUUUACCUCUUCAUUCUAUCCAAAAAUAGUGUAGCAUAGAAAUAGGGUUUCAGAAAUCCAUUCAUCUUGCAUCUUAGUUUCUCUUUGCAUUGCCUGUGCUCUUUAGACCUGUAUAUUAUAUGUACAGACGUUUCUGUUUUCUGGCUUCUAGACUGAAGCUCCUUAUGCUAAUGAAGAAAAUGGCAUACUUUGUAAUUUCCUUAUGAAAAUUAUGUAUGGCUAUUUUUUUCUUGGCCCUAUCACAGUAAAUUCACAGUGUAUGCUACAUUAAGUUUUGAUAAUGUAUUAACAUAGUGCAUUUUUCCAUGAGAUGGAAGUGAAUUUUAUUGUUUUAAAAUUGUACCUGUGUGAAAAAGACAAAACUGUCCAUUUUAAUUAACCACAGAAAAAUAUGAAGUUGCCAAAUUACAAAUCUGCCUGUUUCUUGUGUUUGAAAGUGUACCCUAAAAUGCUUUGAAUUCUAGAAACAAGUGGAAACUGAGAUUCACAUCUGCAGUGAAACUAAAUUUUCACUGCACAUGAACUUUGCCCGAAUAUGCAGGAUUAUUAUGUGUGGUGUGUAUGUGUGUUCAUUUUGUAUGGCAUCUCACAAGUUAUAUGUAGUAUUUAACAGAAUCAUUAAAACUAACCUUAUUUAGGUACAGGUAGCUGA